AUAUGUACGAUUUCAGUAAUUUAUAUUUAUCGGAAAUUGUAUAUACUCGUCUAUGCAACCGAUAAAGUGUAUUAUGCUCAUUUUCUACAUUACAAAAAUUCGGAUUAACGAGGAUGUUAUUUUGGGAUUUGUAAACGUCUGCAUUCAAAAUGAAUAAUCAAUCAGACAAUAACAGUUCGGAGAGUGAAAGCGAGUUUUUUGUUUCUCCAAAUGAAAUUGAUUUGAAUUCAAGUUUUUUUGAUAAGAAAGAGAAAAAAAGUUAUCUAACGUUACGCAAAGCCAGGACUUGUGAAAAUUUUGAUGAUAAUGAUGAAUUUAGCAAUGUGAAUGAUAAUAAUUCUAUUGAAUUAUUUAGCCGGGUAUUAAAAAAUUUGGAAAGCACCCAAGCAAUCUGUUCACAGAGUGAAAAUGUUGAAAAGCUCGAAACUGUAAUUGAUGUAUCAACAAAGCAAAAGAAAUCAAAGGUAGUACAUGCUGAGGAAGAAAAAUUUCAUCUUUCUCAACAUGUACAUGAACUUUUAUUCGAAGGAGAAGGAAAAACAUUUGAAUCAGAUGAUAAUGAAAACUACAGUGAAAAUGAAGACCUAAAUGAAGCAACAAGUUCUACCAAUUAUACUACUCCAAAAGAAGGGGUUAAAAUAACAUUGCCUAGUACUGAUAUAAUAUUAAAAAAAAAGAGAAAUGGUCCAGACUUAAACACGAUUAUUGAAAAUCGAAUUAAUCAAAGGUUAAGGACUAAUCAAAUGUUGAUACACAAAGUAGGAGUCCUUUGUUGGCUUGCACAUGGAUUUCAUAUAAAUAAAGUAAUAAAUGACGCAGAAAUAAUGUCUGCAUCAUUGUCAUUAAUUCCAGCAGAAAAUUUGCCAAAGAAUAGAUCAAAUCUGAAGUAUCUGGAAAAAUUUGUUGUAUGGUUUAAAAAAAAAUUUGUAUUUAAGAACAAAGAAGAAGAAGAAGAAAGUAUAACGAAAGAAAUGUUAUUAAAAAGAUUGCAAGAAAAAGAAGUUUUAAAUUAUAAAGAAUUAGUAUUCUUAUGUAUAGCAAUGCUGAGGGCAAUGGGGUUAAAUUGUCGUUUGAUUAUAUCUCUUCAUCCUCCACCUUUAAAAUUGCAACGAAGUCAACUAUUUAGAACCAAACCAAAAGAAGAAAAAGAUAAAGAAAAAAAGAAAUCUGAUAAAUCUACCAAAAAAAAAGAGAAAGAUAAAAAGAAAAAAAAAACAUCUACACAGAAUAAAAUUGUUCCAGAAAAUAGUGAGACUGCUAGAAAAAAUGCUCAAUUGGAUGCAAGAAAAAGGGCUGCAGUAAUUUUAAAUGAAAAAUCAACACGAAGCAAAAGUGUAAAAAAUAAAACAAAUGUUUCUAAUGAAAUUAUAGAUAAAAAUAAUAUAAAAGAGACAAAACAUUUUAAUAAUAAACAAAAUAAAACACAACAAUCAAUAAAUGCUGAUAGAACAAUAAGCAACACUAUAUCCAGACAAUUAAAAUUACGAAAGCAAAUGAAAACCUCAAGUGAAAAUAAUUCUUUAGAAUCUACAUCAAAGAAAAAAGAGAAUGUUACUACGCACUCAUUAAGGAGUAGACAAAAGAAUAAAAUUGUAAAAGAAGAUUCUCUUGAGGAAAUAGAUGAUAGUUCUGAAAAUGAUGAAUCUGAAGAGGAGUUACCUCUUUCAAAAAAGCGGAAUAUUUCUAAAACUAAGAAUAAUGUAAGAUCAAUAGUAAAGAAACAAGAAAAAAUUAAUAAAUUAUUAUCCUCAGAUGAUGAAGUAAAUGAUCUUAACAAUACUAAGAACUAUAAAAAUUUUUGGCUUGAAAUAUAUUUGGAGUCAGAAGAAAAUUGGAUUAGUGUAAAUAUAAUGGAUGAAAAAGUACAUUGUGUGGAAGAGUUAUAUAAAGCAGCUAGCAGACCUGUAUUAUAUGUUAUUGCUUGGAAUAUUGAUGGAACAUUAAGAGAUGUUACAAGGCGUUAUUGCCCUCACUGGCUUACUGUUACACGUAAACAACGUAUUGAUGAAGAUUGGUUCAGUGAUACGUUGCACUUUUGGAAAGAGAAAAAAUCAAUGAUAUCAGAGUCAGAGGAUAAAUUAUUAGCACAGAAGGAAUUAGAACAACCUUUACCUAAAACAAUUGGCGAAUGUAAAAACCAUCCUCUCUAUGUACUUACCAGACAUUUACUUAAAUAUGAAGCCUUGUAUCCUCCUGACUGCGUGCCAUUAGGUUAUUUACAGAAUGGCGAAGCAAUUUAUUCUCGGCAUUGUCUGCAUGUACUUUCCUCUAGAGAAACAUGGAUAAGAAAGGCUCGAGUAGUUAAACCUAAUCAAGAACCUUAUAAAAUUGUAAAAGCUCUUCCAAAAUAUGAUAAGCUUUCAGGAGUAAAAUUAGUAGAUAGAGCUUUAGAAUUAUUUGGUGAAUGGCAAACUACUGAGUACAUUCCACCAGAAGCAAAAGAUGGAAUUGUUCCUCGAAAUGAAUAUGGAAAUGUAGAUUUGUUUAAAAAAUCAAUGCUUCCAAAAGGAACCGUAUAUAUAGAUCUUCCAGGAUUAAAUCGAAUUGCACGAAAAUUGAAUAUUGAUUGUGCACCUGCAGUUAUUGGUUUUAAAUUUGGAGCUAUGGGAGCUGUACCAGCUUUCGAAGGUUUCGUAGUUUGCACAGAAUAUGAAGAUAUUCUAAGAGAAGCAUGGGAGACAGAACAAAUUGAAGCAGCGAAACGUGCUCGUGAAAAACGUUAUAAAAGAAUUUAUGGGAAUUGGAAAAGAUUGAUUGAUGGUAUGCGCAUUAAAGAAAAGUUAGCUGGAAAAUAUGAAUUUGAAAGUGAAAAGAAAUCUCUAACAAUGAUUAAACGUACGAAACAGAAAACAACUGAUGUAAAACGUCAGAAAAUAUUGGAAGAUAUUUCAUAAUUAUAAUAUAGGCAACUCUUUUAGUAGUAUUAUGUCAUAAAUAUCUUCUCAAACUUCUUAAAUUGUAUUAUUUCUUUCUUUUACUUUUCUUUUAUAAAAGAAUUGUAUACAAUAUAAGAAGUUUCAUAUUUAUAUUUUUAUAUAUAUAAUUAAAUACCACCGAUAUACAAGAAAUUUUAUUUAUAAAAUAAUAUACUUAUUGAAUGUUUGCAAUUUUUACAUAUUACAAUAUUUCAUUGUAAAGAGAUUUUUUGUUUUAUAUAAUAGAAUAUGCUAAAAUGUAAAUAAAUUACACGAAUAAUAGUCCAUCAAAAUAUUGAUCUCUGUUCAUAAUUUUACUGUGAAAAUAAUAUUAAUAAACAAUUACAUUUACAUUAACGACAAUUUAAAAGAUACUGUAAUCCACCAAUCUAAGCAAUAUAAUUCAUUGUAAAGGUUAUACGAUAAUGAUAAGGUACAUAUAUGAUUUGUUUGAUUCAUGAAU